GUUAGAAAUGGUUUUCGGUUUGUCGAACGCUGUACAAUGAGAUUGCAAAAUACGCCGAUACCCAUUUACAUUUUAGCAUGUUUCUAGAAAAGUCGUGCGUUUUCCAUGUCAUGAUAAUAUAAUUCUAAAGAAAACCGAAACUACAGCCGCACAACUGUGAAGCUUUUAUAAUAAUAUUGUCGAUAUCAAGUUAAAACUGUAGCACCUAAUCAAAUUCCAACUCAUUGAAUAUUUCCAUCAAAAUGGUCAAGGAAACCGCUUAUUAUGAUGAGCUGGGAGUGAAGCCCAAUUCGACUCCAGAUGAGAUCAAAAAGGCAUACAGAAAAUUGGCGCUGAAAUACCAUCCGGACAAAAACCCUGAUGACCCCGAAAAGUUCAAGCACAUCAGCCAGGCCUAUGAGGUGUUGUCAGAUCCCAAGAAGAGGGAGACAUACGACCGCGGGGGAGAGGAGGCCAUCAAAGGGGGUGGCUCUGGGAGCGGGGGAUUCGACUUCCACUCUCCCAUGGAUAUCUUCGACAUGUUCUUUGGGGGUGGUGGUAGAAGACAGAGGGGUCCAGAGAAGGGUAAGGAUGUGGUCCAUCCCCUAAAAGUGGCCCUAGAAGACCUGUACAAUGGAGCCACCAGGAAACUGUCGUUGAAGAAAAAAGUUAUUUGCGCCAAAUGUGAAGGUCGUGGAGGCAAGGAAGGGGCUGUAGAGAAAUGUCCAACAUGUAAAGGUCAAGGUAUACAGGUGCACCUUCGACAGCUGGGUCCAGGGAUGGUUCAACAGCUUCAGACCAUGUGCUCUGAAUGCCACGGGAAGGGGGAGAGAAUUAAUCCAAAGUUACGCUGUAAAACUUGCAUGGGCAAGAAAACAGUCGAGGAUCACAAAAUUCUUGAGGUCCAUGUUGAUAAAGGUAUGAAGGACGGUGAGAGUAUCCGGUUCGCAGGUGAAGGGGACCAGGAGCCAGGCCUGGAGCCAGGUGACAUAGUCAUAGUCCUGGAUGAGAAGGAGCAUGCCGUGUUCAGGCGGCGGGAGACGGACCUCAUCAUGGACAUGGAUCUGCAGCUAGUGGAGGCGCUGUGUGGCUUUCAGAAGACCAUUGAGACCCUGGAUGGGCGUACCCUGGUGAUCACUAACCUGCCAGGGGAGGUUAUAAAGAAUGAUGACAUAAAGUGCAUCAUGGGGGAAGGCAUGCCAAUCUAUAGGGACCCAUUCACGAAAGGCCGUCUAAUCAUUCGCUUCAAAGUAGUGUUCCCAAAACCUGGCGACAUUGCACCGACAAAAAUAGCUGAACUGGAAAAAUGUUUACCACCACGUGAGGAAGUUAUAAUACCUGACGGGGCUGAAGAGCACUCGCUGACAGACUAUGAUCCAGAGUACGAGAGACGUAGACAGCGAGCCGGGGAGGCAUAUCGUGAGGAUGAUGAAGAGGGGCAUGGCGGAGGGCAAAGGGUGCAGUGUGCAUCGCAUUAAUGAUGAUCUACUGUGUAGACUGUUUUUAUGUUUUUUCAGGCAUGUUUAUCUGUUGUGAAAGACGUCCUUAUUAAAAUCCAGAAAUAGACAUUUUAACUUAAAUGAUGAAGAUUUGUUUCUUAAUCAAUAAACAUAUAUUUGUUACUAAACCAAUGAACGGUAUGCUUAAUAGAAAUAAAAUCUAAUAUAUGAAUGGUUUUGAAAAGGGUUUAUUUUUUUGUGUGGACAUCAACAAAGUAUGUAUAAAGAAAUGAAUGCUAGAGUUCUAUUAAGGCCCAAGAAAUGCCAAAAAAGCUCAUACUCAUACAGUAAAUUUUUACUAAACCCUGUAGCAUUUACUCGGAUAUGUCAUCCAGAAUAGAAACCUGCAAAGCAUGCUGCAUAAGGUUUUUAGUAGUGGUCUUUAUAUGGUAUGUUUGCCUGUGGUGGUAAUUACAACAUUUUUAAAACCUUUUAAAGCCCCAGUCCUCAUACACUUAAGAAAGGAAAACACUUUACAGAAACUGAUUUGGAUGAACAUCUCACCAACUAAAAAUAAAAAACGCAUUGCAAUCGUGCCAAUAAUAAUUUGGUGAGUUAUAGAUGCACAGUUACUUAACUUGCAAGCGCGUGUCAUCGCCUUUGGAGUAUACAAUGUUAAAAAAAAAUAUUUUAUAAGCACCAAGCAUUUUCUAAUUAACAUAUUUAAAUUUAUGUUUUCUUAAACAAAAAUGACUUUAAUAUGGGAUGCAUGUAAUUAUUUUCAAUUGACAAGGGUGUUAAUUUUAAUAGAACUGUAUAUAUGUAUAUUUGUGUUUAUACGUUUGUUGGCUUACUGGUUAAAUGGAACAAUGUUUCUGUGAAUUGAAGACUCUUUGAAUAGAAGAAAAUGAACGUUAAUAUUUUUUAUCUGAACUUAUUUAGUACGUAUGUCUGGAGUGAAAUGUAUAUUAAUAUGUUAUACCGGUAUGAUAAAUGAUCAAAGUACUUGCACUUGCAUAAAUUUUAACACUGAAAUAAACAUUUGUUUAAUCAAUUUUCUAAUCAGAUCAAGUUUUAUGAGAUUCCCAUUGUUGGUUUCAAUCUUUAACAUUUAUUGUUAAAAUAGGUGACCUUCUUAAGUUAUAUAACCAUCACCCACAUUUCUUUGUUUAAAAAGAUAAUAAAUUGAACUUUAGGAGUUUUCGUAACACACAACAUUUUACGUACUUCAUUUGCCGAUUUGAGGUCUUGAGUUUGGUAAUACAUUAGAGCUGAACCCAUAUUCACCAAACAAUUCUUAAGACUUAAGUGUAAAAGUAAAGGAUAUUCAUAAAAUCGGAAUAAUCAAGAAUUGCUAUAAUUUUCAGCCAAACUUGGCAUUGACUUCCUCUAUCUACAUGAUUCAGGGGUUGAACAUUCUUUAAAGGACAUUUUCACUAGUGGUAACCUGUAUAUAAUCAAAUGCUUGACGUAUUUUUCUUGGUUCUAAGUCUAUUCUUUAUUUUUAAGUCUAAGAAUGUGUGGGUGAAUACAAUCUCUGCACUUCCUUCCCAACCUUCCUUAAACAAGUCUGCAACUUUAAAAAAUGAGGUGUAGAAAAAUAAAAUGUGUUCACUUCUGUUUGUAGUUUCUCAGCUGUAAAAAGAGAAUGGUCAAAACACGAUUUUGUAAAUUGUUUGCUUCAAAUUUUGUGAAGCGUAACCUGCAUGGCCUUUUGUUGAAGUGAAAUAUAAGACAUACAAUCAUAAAUUUAAUUUACAUAUGUUACCAAUGGUCUGUAUGAGGUAAUAUUUUAUUUUUACCCAGUUUGACAAAUAUUAGUUGGGGCAUGUUUGUCUGAUAAGAACAAUUAUAAACACUUUUCAGCUAAAUUUAAAGGUAAACUUCAAUUUGUCACCUAUUGGCAUUUAUUGUUUGUAUGUUUAUGUGUUAAAAUUUCCUUGUUUGUUUUUUUGGACAAUUUUGCUUUGUUUUAAUUCAAAACUUAUGUUGUUUUUUUAUGCCCCCCUUCGAAAAAGAGGGGGUAUAUUGCUUUGCUCAUGUCGGUCGGUCUGUCGGUAUGUCGGUCUGUCGGUCCGUCCACCAGGUGGUUGUCAGACGAUAACUCAAGAACGCUUGGGCCUAGGAUCAUGAAACUUCAUAGGUACAUUGAUCAUGACUUGCAGAUGACCCCUAUUGAUUUUGAGGUCACUAGGUCAAAGGUCAAGGUCACAGUGACCCGAAAUAGAAAAAUGGUUUUUGAAUGAUAACUCAAGAACGCAUACGCCUAGGAUCAUGAAACUUCAUGGGUAGAUUGAUCAUGACUCGCAGAUGACCCCUAUUGAUUUUCAGGUCACUAGGUCAAAGGUCAAGGUCACGGUGACCCGAAAUAGUAAAAUGGUUUCCGGAUGAUAACUCAAGAAUGCAUACGCCUAGGAUCAUGAAACUUCAUGGGUAGAUUGAUAAUGACUCGCAGAUGACCCCUAUUGAUUUUGAGGUCACUAGGUCAAAGGUCAAGGUCACGGUGACCCAAAAUAGUAAAAUGGUUUUUGGAUGAUAACUCAAGAACGCAUAUGCCUAGGAUCAUGAAACUUCACAGGUAGAUUGAUCAUGACUCGCAGAUGACCCCUAUUGAUUUUGAGGUCACAAGGUCAAAGGUCAAGGUCACGGUGACCCGAAAUAGUAACAUGAUUUUCGGAUGAUAACUCAAGAACGCUUUUGCCUAGGAUCAUGACACUUCAUAGGUACAUUGAUCGUGACUCACAGAUGACCCCUAUUGAUUUUCAGGUCACUAGGUCAAAGGUCAAGGUCACAGUGACAAAAAACGUAUUCACACAAUGGCUGCCACUACAACGGACAGCCCAUAUGGGGGGCAUGCAUGUUUUACAAACAGCCCUUGUUUAAUUAAGUUUUUGUGGGCAAUUUUGAUGUUUUACAUAAGCAUUUUAAACACUUCAUCGCACUUUUCUCUGUAACUGAUGGAUAAAUACAUUGCUUUAAUAAAUGUGUCUGAUAUUGUU